AUGUUUGCGUUUAAAGCUUUGUUAGAUGCGAAAGUGAACAGGAAUAGGCAAAGUUCGAAUUCGAAACUCAUGAAGAAAUUUACAAUUGCAUCACAACGAAUGGUAUCCAGGAAGAAGGAUUAUUUAAAUGAGAAUGUGGUUAAAGUUGAUUGCAUGGUUAAUUCUCGUGAUCAUCCUAUAGAAAUAGAAGAUGAUGAAGUAUCUAAAGGGAAAAAAUUUAUAUAUGAUGAAGUUAAGAAGAAGAAUGAUGAGAGUACAAUUGAGAUUUAUUCUAGUAAUUCUAGGAAUAAGACAAUUGACAUUUCAUCUAGUAAUUCUUGGAAGAAUAAAAAGCCAAGGAAUAAUGUUAGUCAGUCUGAUUAUAGUUCGAUGAAAAAGAGAAAACAUGGUUUGUUUGGUCGAUUAAAUUCAAAAUCAUCUGAUUCAGAAGAUUAUGUAAGUGAUUCUGAUUUUGAAGUUCGGAGCAUUACAAGGAGCAGGAAGUUGGUUAACAGAAGUGUUAGAAAAGUUAGUAAAACAUUUGUCUCCGAACAUGAGUUUUCUAGUGAUUAUGAUUUUGAGGAUGGUUCCAGUAGUAGUGUGAAGAGGGUGGAUAAUAUAGCUGAUAAGAAAGUUGAAAAGAAAAUGGAGUUGCAUAGUGAUAAAAUAAAGUCAUUGUAUUCUCGUGUUUCUCUUCAUUCUAUAUAUGGUGUUGUGAAGUCAAUGAAUCAUAAGCAAAAAGAAUGUGUGAGGAGUUUGGGGUUUGGAUCAUUGAUAGACAUGAAGACUCAAAGUAUUCCAGCAAAAUUAUGUUAUUUUGUUGUCGAUUCGUUUGAUCCUUUAGAGAUGGUUAUUAAAACUGAGGUUUCUAAUAUUUUGGUUACAAGGGAAGAUGUUAAUAGGGUGUUAGGGCUGCCUAUGGGGGUUGAUCAGUUAAAUAGUGUUGGUUUAAGAGGUAAUGAGGAAUGGUAUGAAAUAUGGAAAGAUCAAUUCAAGAAGUCGUUGUCUUUAAUUACUCCAAAUGAUGUUGUGUACAAGAUAAUAGAACGAUGUGAAGCAGAUAUGGUGUUUGUUGCAAACUUUAUUAUUCUUGUAUGUACAUGUUUUGGAUCAUGUAACAAACAAGGUGCAUGCAAUUUGAAGCUUCUACCGUAUUUGUCUGAAUCAUAUAAGUUAGAUAAGUUUGAUUGGUGUACAUAUGUAUUAAAUUGUGUAAAAGAGGAAAAGUUGAUUUGGGGUAGAAGUGAUAUUAAGACCUUCUUCAAUGGUCCAAGUGUCUUUCUAAUGUUGGUAUAUGUUGAUAGGAUUCAAUGUAGGCAAAUGUUAAUGGUUAGAAGAUAUCCAGUAAUUAAUAAUUGGACUUUAGAGCAGUUGAAAGUGAGAGAAAUGAAUGAAAUUUCUAAUGGAGGUUUUGGAAGGCCAUCUGCUAUAGUGGAAAGUGUUGAUGAAGUUUCUAGAGGAUCAAUUUUACUUUUCAUCAUAGUAAUUAUAAAUGCGAAUAUGCUUUUCAGUCAUCUGGAAAAAAGUAGUAGUUGUGAUGAUAAGUCUAAUGAAUUUCGAGAUGUUGGGCAGUCUGUUAACAACAGCGUUGGUGGUAAUAAAUAUGGAUCGGCAAAUUUGUUUGGCGAAUAUGGAAAUAUGGAAACUAAGUUGCAUGUGGAUUGCGAGGGUGGUCAUAAGGAAAAAUGUGUAGUUGAGGGUAUUCCUUCUUUUAAUUUAGGAAUUGAUGACGAUAUGCAUACUCCUCCAAAAGUGAGUCCAGGUGUUGUUGUUAAUAAAUAUGGAUCGGCAAAUUUGUUCGGGAAAUCUGGAUUUAUUGAAACUAAGUUGCCUCUGGAUUGCGAGGGUGGUCAUAAGGAAAAGUGUGUAGUUGAGAGUAUUCCUUCUUUUAAUUUAGGAAUUGAGGAUGAUAUGUAUACUCCUCCAAAAGUUAAUCCAGGUAUUGAUAGUUAUGUGCACAAUAAUUAUGUUUCUGUUGGAAUAAGUUCUGAUUCAGUCAAAGGGAAUGAACCUAAGUCUUGCGAUGAAAGUGAAAAAGUUCAAAUUCUUGAGAAAGAUAUGAUUUCAUCGAGACCAAAGAGAAGUCAAACGUUACCUCCAGUGCUUAGGUCUCCAUUUGUUGUACGAGCUGUUGAGAUUGAUAGUAAUUUGACAAAGGAGGAGAAUAUCAAGUCUAAUUGGGAUGAUCUUUUUCAUAGCAUAAAUGGUCAACGUGGGGAAAGAUACAUGUUUGAGAGCUUAUAUCCGGGAGAAUUUCUUUUUUCUGGGACUAUUAAUUGUUUUGUUGAAGUGUUGAACUAUGAUGAGAGAGCUAGGAAUUUGGACACUUCUUCAUGUUUCUUCUUCAAGACAGUAGUAUUGGAUCCUGCAUACAUGCAUAGUGAAGCAUGUAAAUAUGAUGAUGUGUACGAGAAUUUUAAAGAAAAUGUUUUUCAUUGUUUGGGAGAGUCUAAAGAACGAAGAAAUUUAAAAGGAAUUGAUUUGGUGUUCUUUCCUGCAUGUGCAAACAGUCACUAUUUUGUGUUUGUUUUUUAUUUUAAAAACCGCAAAGCUGUCAUAUUGGACAACAUAUUGUAUAGAUCUUCUGAAAAACCAUACCCUUAUCUUACUCAAAAUCUGGUAAUUAUGUAUGAAAUGGAAUUUGUUGAUCAAUAUAUGACGUGGAAAACAAGAGGUAACAGUAAUGAUUGUGGGAUUUUUUUGAUGCGUCAUAUGGAAACUUAUAAAGGUGGUCCUUUAGCUCAAUGGAGAUGUGGUUUUAAAAUGGAAAGUGUUGAGCAGAUUUUGCAACUUAGAAAUCUUCGAAGAAGAUAUUCUAUGAAAAUUCUGUUGAGUGAAGUAAAUCUAAUGAAAAAUGAAGUUGACCAACUUCUUGUUGAUUAUCAAAAGCUUUCUUCAAAUGGCAGGCGUGUAAUGUAUCAUGAAGGCAUUAUCAAUAUAGCAGCUAGGUUAGCCGCUUUUGGUCCUUGA